CAUUGUGAUAAUAUGCAUAAAUUCUGCAAUGGCUUGUUUAUAACUUAUUAUAACUUAUAAAUAGGCAUAAUUUUGAUAUAGCCUACUCCUGUCUUUACUAUUACGAAUAUUACGAAGACCUAUGAAUUUUUAACUCUUACAAUUAUACCAUUGACAUAAUCCAAAAUGUCGAAUUUGAUCAAUCGCGUGGGCAGCUCUUCACAAGCGCAAUUUACAGCUACUGCGCUUGUAUCUGGUGCGGUGGUAGCAGGCGCAAUUUUCAGUUACCAGGCUCUGAGGAGGCAAGAAAAAGUGGAAGAUUUGAAGAGCUCAAUACCUAGUUUGGGACGAGAUCAUCAUGCUGAUUUGGUAUGUCGAGAUCUACCGUCUAGAAAGAGAACGGAAUUGAAUUCAAGUGCUUAUGCUGACGAAAGAAGUGAAGCUUACGGAUAUGGGGAUCGCGCCUAAGGGUAUGGGCAUAAGUAAAGAAGAUGAGAGAGGUGCUGCAUUGGCGGAGAGAGCGAGAAGAGGGGAUUAUGAUGAUGGUACUUUCAAUUCUUCAGGGAGAUACUACGGGCAUGACUAAUCUGUGCAGAACUCAUUUUAGAACAAUUAGCCCGGAAUCGAGUUUUUUUGAAAGACGAUGGACUACAAAAGUUGCGCUCAGCAUUUGUCAUUGUGGUUGGUUGUGGAGGUGUUGGAUCGCAUUGCACGGCAGCUCUUGCGCGUUCAGGAGUUUCACAUAUACGUCUCAUUGAUUUCGACCAAGUUACUCUCUCAUCCCUCAAUCGACAUGCUGUUGCAACACUCGCAGAUGUAGGCACACCAAAAGUAGGAUGUUUGGAGAAUCGUCUACAACAAAUCGCGCCAUGGGUAAAUUUCGAUUUGAGAAAUGAACUUUUCCAUGCCAAAGCAGCGGACUCUUUACUUGCAGAAUGGAACGGUAGAAAGCCGGAUUAUAUUGUGGAUGCUAUUGAUAAUAUCGAUAGUAAGGUGGAAUUGCUGGAAUAUUGUUACAGAAACAAACUACCAGUGAUUUCAUCCAUGGGCGCAGGAUGCAAAUCCGACCCAACCAGAGUCUUUGUUGGAGAUAUCUCUGCUAGUACAGACGAUCCCCUUUCCCGUUCUACUCGAAGGAGACUUCGUCUAUUAGGUAUUACAUCUGGCAUCAACGUGGUAUACUCAACAGAAAAGCCUGGACCAGGAAAAGCUCAACUUUUGCCCCUACCCGAGGAGGAAUUCAAGAAAGGCUCAGUUGGCGACUUGGGUGUGUUACCCGAUUUCCGCGUGCGAAUCUUGCCAGUUUUAGGCACUAUGCCCGCCGUCUUUGGAUAUGUAGUUGCCAAUCAUUUGAUCCUUCAAAUCACAGGUUAUCCAUGCGAAUACGUACCCGCCAAAGGUCGAGAAAAGAUGUACGAUGGAAUAUUGGCUCAAUUGCAAGGUUUUGAAGAAAAACUCGCUCGGGCAACAACCGCAAAUGAGGAUGCACAAGGAUUGAAAGUUCCAUUAACAUCGGCUGAUGUCGGAUACAUAGUUGAGGAGGUGUAUAAAGGAAAGUCGGCGCUGAGCGGGAUAUCGACCAGAUUAGCGUUGACGAGAUGGAGAAAACCUGAGGAGGGAAGCACAUUGGAUGCAAGUAUCGAGGGUCAGAAGGCAAGCAAAGUCAGAGCAAGAGAUCUGGUGUGUAUGACAAGGGAAGAGGCAACAAAACACGAGAAGCUUGUUUUUAAGGAGGGCAAGAAAUUGGAGGAAGUGUAUGAUAGUGCGACGAUAGAGAAGGUCGAGGCGAGGAUUAGGGAGGAAAUUGGGUAUGAAAAGUAUAGAUGAGAAUUGAAAAAAAGAUUGAUAGACUGUAGUGAUGGUUUGUAUCUCCGCUUACUGUCAAUUCCUCGUUGAAGCUUGAGUAUAUACCAAUUCAGUAUGAAUUGGGCAAUCGUUCUUAAGCCACAGAAGAUAUAGAAGACUUUUAGAGCAAAGCUGCUUGAUUCUUUUUGAUUCCAAGAUUAG